AUGGCUACGACUAACUGGCUUCCCUCAGCUACCAAGGCCGAUGUCGAGGCUCACUUUGCGACCCACGGCACCGGAGAGAUUACCGAAGUGAAGCUUAUGAACGGUUUCGGAUUCAUCGAGUAUAAGGAUGCUAUGGAUGCUCGCGACGUCGUCCCAGAUGGAUCCGACUUUAUGGGAGAACGCCUCACCGUCCAGUUUGCCCGUGGAGCUCGACACCGAGAGGGCGGCAUGGGGCACGAGCGUGCGCCGCCGCGACCGCGUAGAACUCCUCACCGAAUGCAGAUCACGGGACUUCCCAAUGAUACCAGCUGGCAGGACCUUAAAGACUUCGCCCGUCAAUCAAGCCUUGAUGUGGUGUACUCUGAGACUGGCCGCGACUCUAAUGGCCGAGGCUUUGUCGAAUUCGAGACUGCUGCAGAUCUGAGAACAGCCGUUGAAAAGCUUGACGGUCGUGAGUUCAAGGGCGCCCGUGUCCAAUGUCUUGUUGACACUCAACCCGACAUGCCCCCGCGGGAUCCCCGUGCCCGAUCUCGUUCACCUGGACGUAGGCCAUACCCACCGCCGCAAUUUGAUAACUAUGACCGCCGAGGCGCUCCUCACCGAGGUUACAGCCGCGAAGGCGCUGCACCAUCGUAUGGCUACCGUGACAGAAGCCCUCGCCGUGAAUACUAUGAUGACCGGGCUCCGCGCUAUCGUUCACCUCCUCGCCGGCCAGUGGAAGAUUACCCGCCCCCUCGAGGUCGCUACGAUGAGCCUUACCGCCGCGAUUAUCCCCCGCCUCCUGCCGAUCCUUAUGCAAAUGGCGGUCGACCUGCCUAUGACCGGCCACCAAGAGACUUUCCCCCCAGGGAGCCAGCAUACCCUCGAGAAGGAGGAUAUGCGCGAGACUACGAUCGUGGUGGACGCUACUGGUAA